UCCUUCCCCCUCCCCGUCCCUUUCUCUCUCUUUUGGCAGCUCUGGAAGGAGGGGGGGGGGUCUCCUGGGCAGAGCGCGCCUCUUGCCGGGAAUGAUGCAAGAGCCCUGAGCCAGUCUUCGGGGCGUGCGCUGCGCGGAGGCCGGGGCUGCUCCUCUCGGGCAAGUGCCCUCGCCUUAUCGAUCGCCCGGUGGCUAUAAAAGGUGGUGGCAGCGGGGACGGCGGGGCUUGGCUCUGCGCCUCCUCCUUCUCCUUCCUGCAGAGAAGAGGGGAUCCCGCGCCCAGAGCUCUCUCUCUCUCUCUCUCUCCCUCUGUGUGUGUGUGUCUCUCUCAGGAUGUGUCGGCGGGCGUUGCCUCUGCUGGGGGCCCUUCUGGGCUUGGCGGCCGUGGCCUCCCGCGCCCUCCCGCUCACCGACGCCGGGCCCCACGUCAGCUACGGCUGGGGGGAGCCCGUCCGGCUCAGGCACCUCUACACCGCGGGGCGGCAGGGCCUCUUCAGCCAGUUCCUCCGCAUCCACGCCGACGGGAGAGUCGACGGCGCCGGCAGCCAGAACCGGCAGAGUUUGCUGGAGAUCCGCGCGGUCUCGUUGCGCGCCGUGGCCCUCAAAGGCGUGCACAGCUCCCGCUACCUCUGCAUGGAGGAGGACGGCCGGCUCCGCGGGAUGCUCAGAUAUUCUGCAGAAGACUGUUCCUUUGAAGAGGAGAUGCGUCCAGAUGGCUACAAUAUCUACAAGUCAAAGAAAUACGGAGUUUUGGUCUCCCUAAGUAAUGCCAGACAAAGACAGCAAUUCAAAGGGAAAGAUUUUCUUCCUUUGUCUCAUUUCUUGCCGAUGAUCAACACUGUGCCAGUGGAGUCUGCAGACUUUGGAGAGUAUGGUGACACCAGGCAGCAUUAUGAAUCGGAUAUUUUCAGUUCACGUCUUGAAACUGACAGCAUGGACCCUUUUGGCCUCACUUCAGAAGUGUCAUCAGUACAAAGUCCUAGCUUUGGGAAAUAAAGGUUGUGUAACUUUACCUAUAGUCCCCAGAAAACAACACCAGCAAGCAAGCACAGUAUUUCUAGCUGUGAUAUUUAAAACAUAGGGCCAUGUGAAGAUGUGGCACUGUCCUUGUCAAGCAAGUGAUAAUACUACUUCUAAGAAAACUGACACAGCAAUAUGGAGUAUAUAUACACACAUGUGCAUGCACAGAAUUUAGGAAAGUUCUUCCUAAAAGGUGCUAUUUAAUUUAGGAAUGACAGAAGUGCACAGAACAGGAAAUCUUUCUGUUCUGGUGCUUGUUUGGAGGAUAGGAUCAUGUUUACAGGGUCAUUAUUCUUUUGAUCACUUCAUGACAGGUAGUAAAUACUGUUCAUUCAAAGGAUAAUUUAUUUUCCUUAUGUGCACUAGUGUUAGACAUAAAAUAGGAACAAGUAGAAAAAGUUAAAAAAAUCUUCAGGAAAAAAUAGAUUUUAUUGUGACUGCAAGUUGCUUCUGGUGUGAGAGAAUUGGCCAUCUGCAAGAAUUUUGCCCAGGGAACACCUGGAUGUUUUGAUGUUUUUCCCAUCCUUGUGGGAAGCUUCUCUCAUGUCUCUGCAUGGAGUUGGAGCUGAUAGAAGGAGAUCAUCUCCCUAGGUUGGAUUCGAACCUGCAACCUUCAGGUCAGCAACCCAACCUUCAAGUCAUCAGUCCUGCCUGCACAAGGGUUUAACCCACUGUGCCAAUGGGGGCAGUAUUUUUGAUGACUGACAUGAAUCAAUAAUAAUAUUGGUCCCUAGUAAAUGAGAGAAAUUAAACGGACUAUGUGCUAUCUUUUAGCAAGGCAAUGUCUGCUGUUAAAUAGUAUGCACACUUUUUUCAAGCAGUGCAGCUAUAAACAUUUAAAGUGAUAAAAUUGUUAGAAAAAUGCAAAACAGUUAAGGUUCAAUUUGGAGAAACUAACAAUAAAUGACGACGUAAUCAAUUCUAUUUUCUCAAAAGGGUAAGAAUCUGUUUCACCUCAAAAACUGGAAAACUGCUGAUAUUACCAUCAUUCUUUCCCAUUGGUCAGUAGGAUGGUAAAGAUGAGCAUUGGAUCCCAACAAUAUAGGGAGAGGGGCCCACAGUUCCCCAGCCAUACUAAGAAAGGAACAAUAAUAAGAACUUCACUAUAGGUUUAAGGGAUUUUGUGCAGCUACACAUGUCCAUACUUUUUUUUUAGUAAAGUAAGUUAUUCUUACCAGUAGGAGAUGUUUGUUUUAAAUUAUUACUGAUUUCAAUUAAAGGGUGUUAUAUAUUACAGUGAGUAAAUGUUUCAUAGAAAAUUUGUACAUAUCAUUUUUCUAAUGUAGAGAAAUAGUGAAUGACCGGUUUGUGGAAACCAGAGGAAACAGCCUUUGGCAGAUCAUUCUUAACGAUUGUUGUAUAUAGUAGUACAGUUCUGUACAGAAAAUGAAAGGAAACAUUACUAUUUUCUUGACCUAGCACUUCAUUGUCAACACAAUAUUUAUAAUUAAUUUAUUAAACACAUACAUCUGUUUAUUUUGUUACUGUAUUUAUACUUAAAAUUUCUAUUUAUGUACUCCAAAUAUUGUCUUUUUUAACAGUCUGGACAAAAUGUAGUGAAAAUUUUGCAAUUUCAAUAAUUGUGAAUUGGAAAUGAAAUGUGUGUGAAAUCUGUAGAUUUAGUGUGCUUUAUUUUUAAUAAAAAUAAGAAUGUAA